UCAGCCUGCACAUCACGAAUAUGACAGCACCUUCAAUUCAAGAUCCCAGAGAAGACAUGCUGCUCUCUUGUAGCUUCUACAUUGGCGAUGAAGAUCUGUACGCAGUGAAAUGGUACAAAGACGACUACGAAUUCUUCAGAUAUAGCCCUAAAGGAAGAAAACCAUUACUAUUCGAAGUUACGGGAGUACAAGUUGAUUUAUUCAAUACGAAAUGUAACAUGUCCUUCUGCUAUCUGUCCAUGAAAAAUUUAACGAGAUCGUACAGCUCAGGGGCGUAUCGAUGUGAAGUAUCCAUAGAGGCUCCAACGUUUAGAUUAGUCUCAAAAACGCAAAACAUUACUGUGGCAGCAAUUCCAAUGGAAAAACCAGUCUUGUCCAACCUGAGCAAUACGUAUUUGGUUGGAGAUUUACUAGACUGUACAUGUUUGACCGCUCCAGGAGAUCCUACACCAACAAUUGCUUGGUAUGUGAAUGAUAAAAUGGUAAAUACAAGGUAUUACCGUUCAACAGUGAAACAUCAAACGGAAAAUGGAACAGAACUGAAGAAAACCUCCUCUCAUUUACGCUUCCCCCUAAGCAAAAAACUAUUAGGGAACAACUCUUUUGCUCAUGUUGGAAUAACCUGUCAACAACUAACAAUCCUCGGCACACCCCAAAAUAGUACAGAGAUAAUUCGAUUAAUGAGUGAGGAUAUUAAUAACCACAAAUUUUUUAAUUUUUUUGGAUCCACCUCUUCAGUGUACAGAGGAAGCAUAACGACGAUAAUUGCUGCUAUCGUUUUCGUGUACAAGUGA